UGUGGUUUUAGCUGCACAGCUUCCUCUUAAAUUAAGCCACUGGUUGACCACACAGAAACUUUUUACCUCAACGACAGGCAAUGGCAUCAGUCAUAAUCUUCACUGCUCUUUUGGUCAUCAACAAAGGGUCCAGUACUGAAGACACUGUGUUUGUGGAGACAGGAGAUUCUGUUCAACUGAAUAUACAGACAGACAAACUACCUGAUAAGUUUGAUGAGAUAUUCUGGCAGAAUGAAAAAUCAGACACUAUAGUGAAAUAUUAUAAUAAAUUUAAAGCAGUUAGUGAUGAUUAUGAUGACUACAAGCACAGAGUGGAUUUGAAUAAUAAAACCUUCUCUCUAACACUGAAAAACAUGAAGAAGACAGACAGUGGAGUUUAUACAGCAAAAAUAACUGGAAAAUCAAAUAGAGAUGUUGCUGAACACAGAGUAUCUGUUAUAGAUGCAGUAAAGUCUCCUGAGCUGACUGUCAUCUCUAACUGGUUAAGCGGUAACUCCUGUACUGUAAACUUCACAUGUAGAGCUCAUGACCUCACACUUAACUCCACUUAUAAUAAUGACAGCUGCUCUCCAGAGGAAGUGACAUCACAUGAGAAGUUCACUCUCAUCCUGACUUGUAGUAAUGAAACCAUCAUCUGUAACCAUAGCAACCCUAUCAGCUGGAAAACAAAUAGAAUAAACAUUCCUCAGAAUUGUGAAGAUCUACAUCCAAACAAACCAGAACAACAAAUCGGUUCCAUCACACAUCGCAACAGGGGGAUCUCUACGGUGACAGUGGCGUUGGUGGUUUUGUUGAUUAUUUUUUUAAUCCGUGGGAAAACAAAUAAAGGUACCAAACAGAGACCUAAUACAGUCUAUGAGGAAGUUAAUACUAAGAUUAAACCAAUGGAAACAAUCAAAGGUGACUCUCAUAUAUAUGAUCAGGUCCUGGCUCAGCCAAAAGAGGAAAAGGAAGAAAACAGCACAAUCUAUCACACAGUUGGGCAACACCUACAGCAUCAGGCCAGAGAUUAAAUUUAUUCACAAGUGUGCAAACAACCACCCCAGACACCGCUUGCCUUUAUCCAACUGUACCUGAGAUUAAACUGAAAACAACAUCUUGGCAGUCAUGAAGAAGAUACACAGGAUAAUUUGUUCAGUUGCAUAAAUGCAGUCUUAUAGAAGAAUAUAAAGAAAUUUACUUUUAUUUCAUUAAAUGCAUAGCUCACUGUUAGAAUUUAAAUGUUGUUCCCCCACACCCCACAUUUAUAUAUUUGAUAUAUUUUUAUAAAACCUUGUAUAUUUCUUUAUUGUUAUACUCGUAUGAUUAAUGAAGCAAUGAAACCAUUCAUUUGUCUUGUAUUUACUAAAUUGAGAUUGAGUUGUGACAUUUCCCUUGGCUAUGCACAAAAGCUCGACAUGGGCUGAUCAGUCCAGGUCAUGAAGUUCCACCAGACUUUCCUGUUCCAAUCUCCCCUUCCUUGUUUGCACCAUACAACUGUCUAAGCAUGAUUAUUUAUGUAUCCGUAUCCAGACGUUCUUGCGAAGGGACUGAUUAUGCGAUUCUUCUCCAGACAUGUUUGCUCAAUAGCUGCUCACAUGAUUCUUCUAGACAUUAUCUAAUGUUCAUCAGGUGCUUCCUUUCUGUACACUAUUUAAUGUGAAGUCUGUCUAUUAAAUUUUGGUCUAUGUUUGA